AUGCGAUGCGCGAGCAAGCCGCCGAGGCGCGUCUGCACGUCUCUCGACCAGCCUGUGUCACUUGGUGAUGCAGGCGCCGGUCAUGAAGACACUCGUGUCUUCACAGAGUACGAGCUCGGUGUCUCGUACUCUCCUGAUACGGAUGACGGAUCCGUAUCGACGGCGAUUGAAUCGAAGCCGCCUGCCAAGCGUGGCAUGGACGAUGCUUUGCGUCGCAGCAUCUUUGGUUCAUCUGAUGAAUCAGAUGAACCAUCGCCGAAGCGAAGGCGCUCGAGGUCGCGAGACUCGGGCGCUAAUAGUGGUGUCGGUUCUCCAAUGGACACCACUUCACAGCGAGGUGCCAGUACUUCUGUCGGCACGUCGCAGGAAGAGCGGGACCGCAAUGUGUUGCGUCUCGCUCCAGAAAAAAGGCAUGGAUGCCUCCUAAAUCCGUCAUGGAUCACUUGUCGGCGACGACGAGUGAUCGUUAUCGAACACGAUUGUUCGAUUCGUCAAGGAUCCAUCACCUUGACCCCAGCGCGAAAAACUAUCGCGCUGAACACGAAUUCUUCAUCGAUGCUUUCUUCAGACAUCGAUGGUACAGUGGGAACCACAAACGUGAUGGUCCUCACUACUUCAAGCGUGGAACGCCUACAUCCAUAA